AUGCAAGAGGCCAACCCAGUGAGCACUCCUGGAUACGGAGCGGAAAUCUCCACGAAUCAACCUCAGGACCAAAUCCUAGGACCCACGGACAAGAAAAUCUACCGGUCGAUGACAGGAAGCAUCCUCUACCUGGCGCAGCCUGCAGCANGGAUCCUCGGGAUCGACGUGCAGCGGGACUACGAGCAAGGAACCCUGGCCAUUUCACAGGAGCACUACGUGAACACACUUCUGGAGCGGUUCGGAAUGCAAGAGGCCAACCCAGUGAGCACUCCUGGAUACGGAGCGGAAAUCUCCACGAAUCAACCUCAGGACCAAAUCCUAGGACCCACGGACAAGAAAAUCUACCGGUCGAUGACAGGAAGCAUCCUCUACCUGGCGCAGUGCACGCGAUUCGACCUCUCCUACGCUGCCCUACAAAAUUCCAAGGCCUGCAGCAACCCAGCGCAGGUGAACAUGACAGCAGCCAAGCACGUUCUGCGAUACCUUCGGGGUAAUCCCUUUCUUCCUAUCGUCUACAAGAGAGGACAGUUUCGGCUAGCGGCGUUUACGGAUUCAUCCUUUGGAGCAAACCCCGACAACGGAAGAUCUACCACGGGAUAUCCCUUCUUUCUGGCUGGAGGACUCAUCAGCUACGGUGCGAAGACUCAAACUCGAACCGCGCAAAGCACGGUCGAAGCCGAAAUUCAAGCACUUAGCUACUCAGCCAGAGAGGCGGUCUACAUCUCAAAUUUUAUGACGGAACUCAACUUCAAGACCUUCGGAUCGGUUCCCAUCAACAACGACAGCACCGGAGCGCUGACAGUGGCCGGGAAUGCCAUGCACUCUCAACGCACGAAGCACGUGGCCCUGAGGUACUUUUUCAUCCGGGAGCUAGCACUACGGGGACAAAUCACUCUUCACCACCGGCCCAGCGAGCAUCAGUUGGCUGAUAUCGCGACCAAGAACCUCCCAAAGCACCGGUUCGCCUCCAUCAUUCAGCAGAUCAAUGACUUCUCGUGUUAUAUAUAUGCAUCGACGGACCGAUGCCCUCCUUACUUUCUACUUGAAGAAUUCAGGAACUUCUCAACUCAACAGGUCAGUGUUAGUGGAGAAGCUCGGUUCUAA